GCGGGCGGGCGAUCGAGCGAGGGAGGAGAGAGUUCACUUUUGCCCCGGUGUCAGCGAGACGCGUCCGUCGCAGGCUCGAGCGAAGGAGCACCGAGGGAGCGGAUCCUCCAGCUCCGAGAAGCCGGGCGAGGGCAGCCCCAGAGGUGGGAUCGGAGCGCGCCCGCGGGGCGCGGAGCCCGCGAGCCUGGCCAGCGAGGGAAACCACGGGGGGCGCGCCCCGGGAGGGCCCCCGGAGCAGCGCAGGAUGCCGCACGAAGAGCUGCCGUCGUUGCAACGGCCCCGCUACGGCUCAAUCGUGGAUGAUGAAAGGCUGUCUGCAGAGGAGAUGGAUGAGAGGAGGCGACAGAACAUCGCCUAUGAAUACUUGUGUCACCUGGAGGAAGCCAAGAGGUGGAUGGAAGUCUGUUUAGUUGAAGAAUUGCCGCCAACCACCGAACUGGAAGAAGGGCUCCGGAAUGGGGUCUACCUCGCCAAGUUAGCCAAGUUCUUCGCUCCGAAAAUGGUAUCAGAGAAGAAGAUCUAUGACGUGGAACAGACGCGUUAUAAGAAAUCUGGCCUUCAUUUUCGACACACAGAUAACACUGUACAGUGGUUAAGAGCUAUGGAGGCCAUUGGACUGCCCAAGAUAUUUUAUCCAGAAACAACAGAUGUCUACGAUCGGAAAAACAUACCAAGGAUGAUCUAUUGCAUUCACGCGCUAAGUUUGUAUCUGUUUAAACUGGGGAUUGCGCCCCAGAUCCAGGAUUUGCUGGGAAAAGUGGAUUUCACAGAGGAGGAGAUCAGUAACAUGAGGAAAGAACUGGAGAAGUACGGGAUCCAGAUGCCGGCUUUCAGCAAAAUCGGCGGCAUUCUGGCCAAUGAACUGUCUGUGGACGAAGCUGCACUACAUGCUGCAGUCAUAGCCAUUAAUGAAGCUAUUGAAAAGGGAGUGGCCAAGCAGACCAUCGUAACACUAAGAAACCCCAACGCAAUGUUAACUUGUGUGGACGACAGCCUCUCACAGGAGUACCAGAAAGAACUGUGGGAAGCCAAAAAGAAAAAAGAGGAAAGCGCAAAACUGAAGAACAGCUGUAUUUCAGAGGAAGAGAGAGAUGCGUAUGAGGAGCUGCUGACCCAGGCAGAAAUUCAGAGCAACAUCAAUACAGUCAACAGGCUGGCUGCCGUGGACCACAUCAAUGCUGUCCUUCAGGAAGGUGACCCUGAGAACACACUGCUUGCCCUGAAGAAACCGGAAGCCCAGCUGCCCACUGUCUAUCCCUUUGCUGCUGUUAUGUAUCAAAAUGAACUCUUCAACCUUCAGAAGCAGAACACAUCGAACUACUUGGCCCACGAGGAGCUCCUGAUUGCCGUGGAAAUGUUGUCUGCUGUUGCUCUGCUCAACCAGGCCUUGGAGAACAGUGACCUCGUGGCUGUGCAGAACCAGCUCAGAAGCCCCACCAUAGGCUUCAACAAUCUGGAUGAGGCACACGUGGACCGUUAUGCAGAUGCACUACUCUCUGUUAAACAAGAAGCAUUAUCCCAAGGGCAAGAUACCUUAAGCUGGAAUGAAAUUCAGAAUUGUAUUGAUAUGAUUAAUAACCAGAUUCAAGAAGAAAAUGACCGGAUGGUAGUUCUCGGGUACAUCAAUGACGCCAUCGACGCAGGGGACCCUCUGAAGACUUUAGAUACCUUGCUGCUGCCCACUGCUAAUAUCAGAGAUGUGGACCCAGACUGCGCCCAACACUACCAGGAUGUUCUGUUCCAUACAAAAUCCCAGAAACUCAGGGAUCCUAAGAAUGUUUCUAAAGUCCUCUGGCUGGAUGAGAUACAGCGAGCCAUUGACGAGGCCAACGUGGAUGAGAACAGAGCAAAGCAAUGGGUUACACUGGUCGUUGGCGUCAAUGAGUGUUUGGAUAGAAAACAAUCAGAUCAUAUCUUGACUGUACUCAAGUCUUCUUCUAGUAAUACCCAUAACAUACUCCCAGAAUGUGCCAACAAGUACUUUGAUACCCUUGUGAAGGCGAAAGAGUCAAAGACUGACAAUGAGUCCAGUGAAGGUUCAUGGGUCACAUUCAACGUGCAACAGAAAUAUAACUACUAUUACAACACGGAUUCCAAAGAAGGUUCUUGGGUUCCACCUGAAUCAUGCUUGUCUAAAGAAUCAUGGCUCACAGGAGAGGAAAUUGAGGACAUCGUGGAGGAGGUCACAUCAGAUUACAUCCGUGAGAACCUGUGGUCAGCUUCAGAAGACUUGCUUGUCCGCUUCGAAGCCACCACCUUAGGACCUGUCCUUAGGAAGGAGUUUGAAGCUAGGAAAGCAUUCUUAUAUGAACAAACAGAGAGCGUGGUCAAAAUCCAGGCUUUCUGGAAGGGGUUCAAACAACGCCAGGAAUAUCUGCACAGACAACAAGUGUUUGCUGGUAACGUUGAUUCUAUUGUGAAGAUUCAGUCCUGGUUCCGAAUGGUGGCAGCAAGGAAGAGUUACCUUUCACGACUGCAGUAUUUUGAAGAUCAUAAAAAUGAAAUCGUGAAAAUACAAUCCCUGUUACGGGCAAGCAAAGCCAGAGAUGACUACAAAGCACUAGUGGGCUCCGAAAACCCACCAUUAACAGUAAUCCGAAAGUUCGUGUACCUGUUGGACCAGAGUGACUUGGAUUUCCAGGAGGAGCUGGAGGUAGCCAGGCUACGAGAAGAAGUGGUGACGAAGAUCAGGGCCAAUCAGCAGCUGGAGAAGGACCUGAACCUGAUGGACAUCAAGAUUGGACUGCUGGUGAAGAACAGGAUCACACUGGAGGAUGUAAUCUCACACAGCAAAAAGCUGAAUAAGAAAAAAGGUGGUGAGAUAGAAAUACUGAAUAACACUGACAACAAGGGAAUUAAAAGCUUGAGCAAGGAGAGACGGAAAACACUGGAGACUUACCAGCAACUGUUCUACCUUCUCCAGACCAAACCUUCAUACCUGGCUAAGCUGAUUUUCCAGAUGCCACAGAACAAGUCGACGAAAUUCAUGGACACGGUUAUCUUCACUCUGUACAAUUAUGCCUCUAAUCAGAGAGAAGAGUACCUGCUGCUCAAGCUCUUCAAAACUGCUCUGGAAGAAGAAAUCAAGUCAAAGGUGGACCAGGUACAAGACAUAGUGACCGGCAACCCUACAGUCAUCAAGAUGGUUGUCAGCUUCAACAGAGGUGCCCGGGGACAGAACACCCUGCGCCAGCUCCUGGCACCAGUGGUGAAAGAGAUCAUUGAGGACAAGGCCCUGGUCAUUAACACCAACCCUGUGGAGGUGUACAAGGCUUGGGUGAACCAACUGGAAACACAGACUGGAGAAGCCAGCAAGCUGCCUUACGACGUCACCACAGAGCAAGCCCUGACAUACCCGGAGGUGAAAAAUAAACUGGAGGCAUCUAUUGAAAACCUGAGGAAGGUCACCGACAAAGUCCUGGGCUCCAUCAUUUCUUCCCUCGAUCUGCUGCCUUAUGGAUUGAGGUAUAUAGCCAAAAUACUGAAGAACUCGAUCCGUGAGAAAUUCCCCGAUGCCACAGAAGAAGAGCUGUUAAAGAUUGUUGGAAACCUCCUAUACUACCGGUAUAUGAACCCAGCCAUUGUGGCUCCCGAUGGCUUUGACAUCAUUGACAUGACAGCCGGAGGUCAGAUCAACUCCAACCAAAGGAGAAACUUGGGAUCCGUGGCGAAGGUCCUGCAGCACGCAGCCUCCAACAAGCUGUUUGAGGGCGAGAACGAGCAUUUGUCAUCAAUGAACAGUUAUUUGUCAGAGACCUACCAGAAAUUCAGGAAAUAUUUUCAAGAAGCAUGUGAUGUCCCUGAGCCGGAAGAGAAGUUCAAUAUGGACAAAUACACGGACUUGGUGACCGUCAGCAAACCAGUUAUUUAUAUCUCAAUAGAAGAAAUCAUCAAUACACAUUUAGUAAGUGGGUCAAAGAGGGGUCUCACUCAGCCCCGGACCAUGGACAGACAGCCAUUCACUGGGAAGUGCCUAGUCCCAGCAGAAAUUGCCUGUGCUCAUGGGUCUGUUUUUAAGCCCAGGGAAGGAGCAGUUGACCCCAAUGACCCUAACAAGGAAAACACACUAAAUCAGCUCUCCAAGACCGAGAUUUCCCUUUCCUUGACAAGCAAGUAUGACGUCAAAGAUGGCGAGGCCGUCGAUGGCAGAAGCCUCAUGAUAAAGACCAAAAAACUGAUCAUCGAUGUGACCCGGAACCAGCCAGGGAGCACGCUGACUGAAAUCUUAGAGACCCCAGCAACUGAGCAGCAGGAACUAGAGCACACCAAAGACAUGGAGAGCCGUGCCGUCGUAGACUCCAGGACCCCGGAGGAAGGGAAGCAGAGCCAAGCCGUGAUAGAAGAUGCUUGCCUGCCUCUCGAGCAAAAGAAGAGGAAGAUACAGAGGAAUCUGCGGACACUGGAGCAGACUGGACACGUGUCUUCCAAAAACAAGUACCAAGACAUUCUCAACGAGAUUGCCAAGGAUAUUCGAAAUCAAAGAAUCCACCGCAAGCUUCGAAAAGCUGAGCUGUCGAAACUUCAGCAGACCCUGAACGCACUUAAUAAGAAGGCAGCGUUUUAUGAAGAUCAAAUCAAUUAUUACGACACCUACAUCAAGACCUGUGUAGACAACCUGAAAAGAAAAAAUUCUCGGAGAUCAAUUAAAGUGGAUGGAAAAGCAGAACCCAAAGGAACGAAGAGAGUGAAGCCGGUGAGGUACACGGCAGCAAAGCUACAUGACAAAGGCGUCCUGUUGGGCAUAGAUGACCUUCAAACCAACCAGUUUAAGAAUGUUAUGUUCGAUAUCAUAGCUACUGAGGACAUGGGCAUCUUUGACGUCAGAUCCAAAUUCCUCGGUGUUGAGAUGGAAAAGGUGCAACUCAAUAUUCAGGACUUACUUCAGAUGCAGUAUGAAGGGGUGGCCGUGAUGAAAAUGUUCGACAAGGUGAAAGUGAAUGUGAACCUUCUCAUAUACCUGCUCAACAAGAAGUUCUACGGAAAGUGAUGAGCUGUCCGCGGAGGGACUCAUGGAUUCUCUAUUGCCUGCCUUGAGAAAUGAGCUUGUCUCGUAUUUUUGUUUUAAAACAUGAUUGAAAUCACAGCUUAUAAAUGUCUGGGUUUUUUUUAAGACCAAAACUGUUCUGAAGAAUGUAGCCAUGUGCCUUUUUGAUAAUUGGAUACUGCAGCAGAGGGAUAGACAAGAUGGACCGAUGGAACUCACACACACACACACACACACACACACACACACACACACACACACACAGAGUACUGUGGCACAGGUACUGCAUCGGAAAGUUCUGAACACCCUGUGAUCUAUUUUAAAGUAGGGGGAGAAAGUUUAGCUGACUAGGGACAAAUGUAUAAACCUAUUUUCCUAUGAAAAGAAAUUUUAAAUGUCCCACUUAAAUGAUGUAAUUCUUCAUAGAUUGUUUUCCAUCUGUGGAGAAACAGAGAUCUAAUUAAUUUGUAAUGAAUUAUUUAGACACAGAGCUCUAAGCCCCAUCUUCUGGGAAUUAUCAGUUUUAAAGAGAACUUUUGUGCAAUUCCAAAUGAAGUUUUUAUAAUUAAUUGAAAGUGAUGAUACAGUAACACUUUCUGUAUAAAAGUAUAUAUUUUAUGUGAUUUAUUCAAUUUACUCAAAGUGCACUACUGCCUCAUGGGAAGGCUCCUGUAUGGGAGUCACAGGAAACACGGUGGACAGCAGGUUAUAGACCCCCACCUCUACCCGCACCAUUUAUUUGAAUACUUCAAUUGUGCCUCUCAAUUUUUUUGUAAUGCUAUCAAAUCGGUAUCUAGAUGGUUUUUAAAUGUAU